GUGGAGUUAAUCAGUGCUUAUAGUUGUGGCUUCUAAUCGAAUGUGAAAGUGGAACCCACCUGACCAUAAACAACCGCCAAUUUCUUCCUCGUCGGCAACCUGUUCUUCGCUUUGGUGGAUGAUUCGAGAAAAAGGAAAAGAUCAAAUCUUUCGACCAUUGAUUUCUGGGCCAUCCGCCAUCCAGAGGAAGAGUACUAAGAACGAGUGCUUUAACUUUUAGGUUCAUCUACGAUGAUGAUGGCAUUCUUUGACUGAUAAUCCUUGCCAAGUUUCACCUUUCUUUUCUUGGUCCCAGGCAAGUCAUUUCUAGCUGGGUCUUUGAUUCAACACAAAGGCUCUUUGAUUCUCAGUCUGAAAAACUUAAUGGGUCGGCUUCAAUUAUGGAAAUGGUUGGAGGGUUUUCAUCUAAACGAAAUGAAAUUGAUGUUAUUUUUUUUAAUUCUUGAUAGUCCAUUCCUCUAUUAGGUUAGUUGGUGGGUUAAUGUUGGUUUAUUUGGACUGAUUUGAAUUAACGAGGUUAGAUACUAGGAGUUUAAACUCGUUAAUCUUGAUUGACCAUGGUAGAUAAUCAAUCAAUAUUUAAGAAAGCAUUGGGAUAAGAUUAGUUUAAUAUAAAAUUAUGUGAGUUGUCCAUAUGUGCUCCAUCAGUUGUCAACUCUUGGAAUGUCAAGUAGCAAAACUACUAGUCAAUGCACCUAAUAACACCAUAAGCUAACUAAUAUUAAACUUGAGAAAAUAUAUAGUAGUUGUAACUUAUAUUUGAAGGUUAGCUAGGUUGAAUCAGUCGCCUUUGGUUGGUAGGUUAUGGAAUUUGUAACUUGGAAAUUUAGAACUCUACUAUUUCUAUAAUCAUUUUUGUGACUUCACAAUAGCUCGAGUUUUUUUUAUUUUUUUUUAUAAAAAACAAUAACUUGAGUUAGAAACUUAACAAGUGACUGAGACAGAGGGAGUUGAAUAACAUCAUAAUAUGGAGAAGACAAAGGGCUGCGGAGUUGCAGGUGCAAAAGAAAAGCAGGUGGUUUCAGCUUCGCGGCCGCCGCCUCCACCACCUCUUCCGAGGUUCUGGGUUAAGAAGACCAAUCCAGAGAGUGUGACAAAACAAGAAAUUGCUAUAUUUUGGAGGCAGAAACGCAUAGAUGAAGAAGAUCAUCUUCUUGCUGCUAUCAAGACAGCUGCUCGCAUUAGGGCUCGUAAUCUCUCUGAAGAAGAUUACAAAUGGUUCGAAGAGUCUUUAAUGGAUGAGGAAAGAGAUGCCAAGGAGAAUAAAAGAGCUGCUACAAAAGACAGCAACAAGGAGGAGAAUUCCAAUGAAAUUCGAGUUGGGAUAAAGGACUGGUGGACAAAAAGCAAGUAUGCAUACUUGAACCAACCGGCAAUCAAAUCCAGGAACCCUCCAAAACGAAGAAGCUCCACUUAUGUUCCAAAUUGUUUCACUUAUAAUCCCACUCCUCUCUAUCCUACCUCUCUUGGUGUUUUUUAGACCAUUGGAGAAGCUUUCCCUAUUGAACAAUUUGUAUGUUUUGCUUUACUAAGUUAUGUAUUGAUUUUAAUCUUUUGAAAAAAUAAGCUUGCUUUGUUUGUAAACAUCAUUGAAACUAGUUGAAUAUUGUAAAAAGUGCUUGAUUUUGUUUCUUUGAACUA